AGCAGCAACAGGGAAGAAAAAUAAUCCUUUAGACAACAUAUAUUCAGACACAUAUGGUCAGCCUCAUGAAGCUCUGGAUACCCCUGCACAUGACAUUCUUCUGUACGAUGCUACUAUCUGUGCUGGGAGGAACGAGGAGAAGAUAUUACAAGAAGGAAUUGUUACUUGAAGAGUGCUGGGGAAAACCAAAUGCUGAAGACUGUACCAAAAUGUGUUCUAAAGCCUUUAGAUGUGAAGACAAACGUUACAAAGGCUGCUGGACCCAUUGUGGAAACAUCUGCUGGAAAAAUGACAAAACCUGUGAAUGAUCACUAAAACCCUAGCUUCCCACCAGGCCGCCACCUAUGUGGGCUGGGAAAUGUUGAAGAGUUCUCAUAGUAGUACCAUGUGGCUACUUUUAGGAACAUCAGUCUAUUUUUGCUCAGGGCUGGACAAGAGCAAACAUUUGACAAAUGAACUCAUUUUCCA